GUUAAUCAAUUAUUAAUGGCCUGGCAUACACAAGGAAGUAAAUAUAAAGAGUUCCUCCAAAUGAAGGACUAUGUUAGUCAUAAAAUACGAAUGCAGAAGACAAAGCCCUCAAGUUUGAUCACUUCUCCAAAUUACAGACAAACUUUUCUAAAAUACAUGAGGAAGAACAGGGAGAGAAAACUACGAGUGAAUUCAAAAAUUUUGAGGAAGGAAAAUUUAAGGAUUUUCAAGCGGCUAGAAAAUAUUGACCUGAAAGGCACAAAAUUGAAAGCUAAGAAGAGAAAUAACCCGAGGCAUGAGUUCAGCCUGGACUCUGUCAGGGGUAAAAAACGUAGCAAUGAUGCCACCGGAGAUACCAGAAAUAUAUUUACCCCAAGAAAGAGAGACAUAAUGACUCCUGAAAUUGACUACUCAAAAUUUGGUACAAAUUUCUUCUCCGUGCAGGAUCAGAUAAACCAAAUGAGAGAGAUUAGUGACUAUAAAGAGAAAAAUACCUCAUUUAUGUCCAACAGUAGGGUUAUUCAAAGGAAUAAUUUCAGUAAUUGUAAUAGCAGUAGAUCCAACGCAAAAGUGAAUCCUUUUGUUAGGAAAUAUUUUCAUAAAUUAAGAAAUCAGAAAUAUCAUAAACCAGAUGUCUGAAAUGUUAUCAAUAAAUUAGCAACAAAUUUUGGUCUAAAGAACAAACAAUCAAAUUACCAAAAAUCUUCUCCUCCAAAAAUGGGUGGGCAGCAGAAGAGAAAGAUCUUCUCUACAUCAAUUCUGUGCUCAUCUGGGGUGACCACAAUGCACACUGCUAAUAACAUGACGCGUCAGAAUACGAAAUCUGAGCUUUAUGAAGAGAAUGAGGGUGGGUCUGGGCGAAAAAAUAGGCAUCUCUCACCUGCUAGUAACUACAUCCCUAUUCUAACCCAAUCAGAACAUCGUAAAAUAAAGAACCUAUCUAGUCGGCGAGAGGUAAGUCCUAUGGUAAUGACCUGGGAUACUUUCAAAUAA